CUCUCUCUCCUCUUUCUCUCUCUUCAUUUACUCAGUACACUGACUCAUCAUCAACACACACACACGCCCACAAAAACUUAUCAGUAAAUUAAAUCACACUAUAAUAAAAUAUUCCCAAAAAAAUCAAUUAAAUAAUAAAUAGUCUCUAUAAAUCCAUCAGUAGUGAUAUAUAAUCGAUCAUCCUUGUGUUGAUUGAAACAGCAAUUACAGCAUGGGAAUCACUGCAGAGAAAGGGAGGAUACUGGUUACCGGCGGCGCCGGUUUCAUCGGCACACACACGGCGGUGCAGCUACUGAAACAAGGUUUUCAGGUUUUUAUUUUAGACAACCUUGAUAAUUCAGUUGAGGAAUCUGUUCACCGCCUCCGCCAGCUCGUCGGCGACCAUCUCUCCCAGAAUCUUCAUUUCCAUUUGGGGGAUAUUAGAAAUUUGGAGGAUUUGGAGAAAUUAUUUUCUCAGACCAAGUUUGAUGCAGUGAUCCAUUUUGCUGGACUGAAAGCUGUAGGAGAAAGUGUUGCUCAUCCCAUGAGAUAUUUCGACAACAAUUUAGUCGGAUCGAUCAAUUUAUACAAAAUAAUGGCGAAAUAUAAUUGUAAGAAGUUGGUUUUCUCCUCAUCGGCCACAGUUUACGGUCAACCCGAGAAGAUCCCGUGUCUAGAAGAUUCGGAAUUGAAGGCAAUGAAUCCUUAUGGUCGAACAAAGUUGUUUCUAGAAGAAAUCGCUCGAGAUAUUCAAAUAGCCGACCCGGAAUGGAGAAUGAUUAUGCUGAGGUAUUUCAAUCCGGUGGGGGCCCACGAGAGCGGUGUGAUCGGAGAAGAUCCGAAAGGAAUCCCGAACAAUCUAAUGCCUUAUAUAACACAAGUGGCUGUUGGUAGACUACCCGAGUUAAAUGUUUACGGCCAUGAUUAUCCUACACUCGAUGGUAGCGCGAUACGAGAUUACAUCCAUGUUAUGGAUUUAGCAGAUGGCCACGUAGCUGCGUUGGAGAAGCUUCUAGAAUGCAAGGACAUAGGUUUCGUGUCCUACAAUUUGGGAACGGGUCGAGGCACGUCUGUCCUAGAAAUGGUAGCUGCUUUCGAAAAGGCAUCAGGCAAGAAAAUCCCGAUUAAACUGUGUCCGAGAAGGCCGGGUGAUGCAACAGCUGUUUAUGCAUCGAUAGAGAAAGCUGGGAAAGAACUCGGUUGGAAGGCAAAAUACGGUAUAGAAGAAAUGUGCAGGGACCAAUGGAAGUGGGCAAGCCAGAAUCCAUGGGGUUAUCAAUCCAAGCCUUGAGAGCUCAAUUCCACACGAAUUCUACGACGCAAAAAUGCUCCGAUUCGGUUUGUUUUUGUCGAUUCUACGAUUGUAUUUUUUAUAUUCCUUACGUGUUAAAGUUCGUAUAUUUUUAAUAAUUCAGUCAUCGAUAAUGUGUUUAUUUUUUUCGUUCGUUUUUUUCUUCUGAGUGGAUCAUUUUCAAAUGUAACAGCACACAUUUCUUGAUUUUGGUCAGUGUGACUGAUGUAAUAAUUUUUUUUUUUUUUUUUA